GGGGGCAAGAUUUCAGCUCCGUCGUUGUGGCAACAUUUGUAAACAACUAACCGGUAUAAGUGGUUAUAUAUUUCAAAUUUAUAUUAAAGAAAACACUGAAUUAGUCCAAAAUGGAUGCUACUAGUGAUCUUACUAAGUUGAAGGUUCCUGAUCUGAAGAAAGAACUCAAAAUCAGGGGCUUGCCCACCACAGGGAAGCGCAGUGAGCUGCUGGAGAGACUCCAGGAGGCACUGGUGGCUGGUGUUGGGCUGGAUGGUGGUGCUGAUGACGAUGAGGACUUUGACGAGGAUGAGAUCCUUGCUGGUGAUGAUGAUGAUGAAGACAGCAAAAUGACUCCCAUGGAAGAGGCUGCUGCUUUAGCUGCAGCUGAAAAGGCAAUGGCAACUCCAACUCGAGCUCGACGACCAUCAGCAACGGGCACAGCAACACCACGAGGCUCCGUAAAGAAACCUGCCUUGAAACGUUCAGCUGCCUUGCCAACUGUUACUGAAACUGCAGCUAAACCUGCAGCUGUUAAGCUAGCUGUUCCUGCUGCCGCCGCUACUGCUGCAGCAAAGCCAAAGCCUUCUCCCACCAAGAACUCCGCUGCUAAGUCACCAGCUAAAACUCCUGCUGCAAAUGAGCCUGCCAAUAAGAUCCAAAAACUGGAUGAGAAUGCCGAUAAAGAAAACGAAACUGAACCUGUUGGCAAAUCUGCUCUGGAAUUGAGAGCGGAACGGUUUGGUGUUACCAGUGAUGCCAUUGCUAAGGAAAAACGUGCUGAGAGGUUUGGUGUUACCAGUGAAGAAACUGCCAAGCAAAAACGCGCUGAGAGGUUCGGUGUGUCCACAAAUGGCACUGCUAAGCCGGGCAAACUCUCCAUGGAUGUUGGUUCCGUCGAUGUCGAGAAGCUGAAGGCACGAGCGGCGCGAUUUGGUGAAACUACCGCCAAAACCCUCACCACAGCUGAGAUUGAUGAGAAGAAGAAGGCUCGGGCGAACAGGUUUGGCGAGGCAGAAGCAGCCAAGAAAGACGUGACAAGCGAUGCAGUAUUGGCGGCCCGCGCUGCAAAGUUCGCGACCACCACUCCGGCGGCCGAGGCCUCGGAGGCUACAACAGAACCAAUUAUCUCCGCCAGCGGCAAGACGCUCAUCACGGUGGGCGCGUCGAGCGACGAAGCGCGUAAACUCAAACGCGCGGCCAGGUUUGCCUCGUGAAUUGCAUUUCACUCGACACCAAUAUUAUAGAAUUACUAUGGAGUACACCAAUUAAUGUAUGUAUCUUUAGUGAUGGGAAGUGACUAUUUUCUCUGAAAACACUUGUCAAUUAACGGUUCAAUAAAUUCGCCGAAGUGAAGGCACCUCUCAAUUUUGAAGUUAGAAACUAUUUACUGACAUCAAAUUGUAGCACUUUAAAAUGUUAGAAAUCUUAGCUUUAAUGUGUAUAUUUAUUUAUUAAUAAUAGCUAACCUUUUCAUCAAAUCUCUAGCCUUCAAGUUGACGAGUAGCGAAAGGUCCCUGUCAUGAAAGGGUAACCCUGGAUGAUGUUCGUUUUUAAAUGAUAGCUAAGCUUGACUUAAGACUUGAUAUUGUGUAACAUGUAAAAUUAGAAUUUGACUUGAAUAACUAGGGAAUUUUUGAGCGAUCACUUUAUACACUGCUUUGGAGAGUUGAAUUAAUAAUCUGUGACACGAGAUCUAGAGUUAGCUUCCCGGUUGAUGUUGUUGUCCCGUUCCAACUUUACAAAUUACAUAAAUUAUAUGCUCGCUACAUGACAUUCCUUCAGCUUAUCACGUGUCGACCUUCGUACAUUUUUCUGUAGGUGGAUUUUAUUAAUUUGCCUUCGAACUUCGGACCAUAAAUAUUGGGACGCAGAGCAUACCUUGCCCAUGAUUAUCUUCAACUAAAGCCUAAUGCUGUAUUCAGUUCUCGCUUAGCUUGUUUACUUGUAGGAGUGGAGAUUAGGGUUACAUAUAAUUGGAGCGAAUCUGUGUUGAUUUUGGUCUACGUAUAAAAUUGUGUUCUAGAGAACUUGGAAUUUCGAAUCGUUUUUUUAGAGAACAUCGUUCGAAUCUAGUGUAUAGCUUAUUUUAUACAAAUGUUUAAUGAAAAAUCUAA